AUGAAGCCCGUCCAACUCUACACCGCUGGCACGCCCAACGGCCAAAAGGUCUCGAUCAUGCUCGAAGAAAUCAAGGCGGUCAACCCGUCGUUCGAGUACGAGACGCACGCCAUCGACAUGGGCAAGAACCAGCAGAAGGAGGACUGGUUCCUCAAGAUGAACCCCAACGGUCGCAUCCCUACCAUCUUGGAUCCCAACAACACCGCGACCCACGCCGAGGGCUUCCCCGUCAUGGAGAGCCUCGCUAUCAUGCUCUACCUCGAGAAGAAGUACGACGACGAGCACGUGUUUUCGUGGCCCAGCUCGGAUCCUAAGGCCGACAACUUCCGCAACCAGGUUCUGCAGUGGUGCAGUUGGCAAAUGGCCGGUCAAGGACCGAUGCAGGGUCAGGCCAAUCACUUCCGCAUGCAAGCCACGGGUGACUCGAAGAACGUCGUCCCCUACGGCAUCAAGCGCUACCACGACGAGACCGUCCGACUCUACCAGGUCCUCGAAGCGGGUCUCGAAGGACGCGACUACCUCGUCGGCGACGGAAAGGGCAAGUACUCCCUCGCUGACAUGCUCACCUUCCCCUGGGCCCUCUGGUACCGCUUUGCCGGUAUCAAGCACGAGGAGGUCGGCCCCAACGUCAAAGCCUGGAUCGACAGGAUCAAGGCUCGACCCGCAGUGCAGAAGGGCCUGCGCGUGCCAACCGAGAGCGAACUGCUCAAGAACUUGGACGAUCCCAACUGGAUGCCCCCCAUGCCCGAGAUCUGA